AUGCUGCCCGAGGAGAUAAUUGGGAAACCUAUACCGCUGAUAGAAAACACAAGAGGCAAUGAGCGGCAGGUGCAACAGGAAGCCCUGGACAUUCUCAAAAGCAUCCAGCAGCAUGUAGUAGUAGUGUGUAUAGCUGGAAGGUACCGGACAGGAAAGUCCUACCUCAUGAACAGGCUUGCAAGCAAAAAAACAGGAUUCCCAUUGGGAUCCACAAUACAAUCAAAGACAAAAGGGAUCUGGAUGAUGUGCGUACAUCACCCUAAGAGAGAAAACACCACUCUGGUGCUGCUCGAUACUGAGGGGCUUGGAGAUGUUGAAAAGGGAGAUCAAAAGAAUGACGACUGGAUCUUUAUUUUGGCUAUCCUGCUGAGCAGUACCUUGGUUUACAACAGCGUAGGAACCAUUGACAAUGAUGCAAUACAGAAACUACAUUAUGUGACUGAGCUGUCGAAACGGAUUAAAACAAAGGCAGCAGAUGGAGAAGACAAAGAUGACUCGAUCAACUUUGUUGGUUUCUUCCCCUCUUUUGUGUGGGCACUGAGGGACUUUUCCCUUGAACUAGAACUGAAUGGGGAAAACAUCACAGCUGACAAAUACUUGGAGAAUUCACUCGUUAUUAAACAAGAAAAUGCUGCAGACAGCAAUGUGCCGCGGGAAUGCAUUCGCAAAUUUUUCCCCAAGAGGAAGUGCUUUGUUUUUGAAUCCCCUGGCACUUCAAAGCUGUUGAAGAAAAUAGAAUCAAUACCUGAUAGCGAGCUUGAACCUGAUUUUGUGCAACAGUCCAAUGAAUUCUCCGAACACAUUUUUGAUACAGCAAAAAUCAAAGAAAUCAAGGAGGGAAUACCUUUAACUGGUUCCUUGUUUGGAGCCCUAGUGAAUAAGUACGUGGAAGUAAUCCGAAGUGGAAAAAUGCUCGUUGUGGAGAAUGCCGUUAAGGAACUGGCCAAAAUUGAAAACGAAGCUGCAGAGCAGGCAGCUUUUUCUUAUUACAAAGAAAAUAUAGCUAAGAUCCCCUUACCCACAGACACUGCUGAGGGACUCUCAGUUCUUCAUGGCAAGUGGGAGAAAGAGGCACUGGGUAUGUUUAAUAAGCGCUCCUUUGAGGAUGAAAAUGGACAGCACCAGAUUCAACUUGGGAAAUCUAUUCUGGACCAUUAUGAGUCAGUCUGCCGUAAGAAUGAAGAAGCUUCGAGAAGCCGUUGUCAAGCUCUCAUUAAGGAACUCUCUGAGGAUAUGAAGAAGAAACAAAGUGGAGGCUACUACAUGAAGCCAGGAGGGUAUGAGCUCUUCAAGAAGGACAAGGAAGAUAUUGAGAAGCAAUACAGAGAUAAGCCUGGCAAAGGGAUACAGGCAGAUAUCAUUCUAAAGGACUUUCUGGAAGAUACUGAGAGGACUGGCAAAGCAGUCCUCGUAGCUGACAAUACUUUGACUGAGAAACAGAAACAAUUUGAAGAGGAGCAAGCCAGACGAAAGGCUUCUGAGCAGCAGGAACAAGUGAUUCAGGAGCAGAAGAAACAACUCGAGCAAAUGGUUAAGGACCAGAUAAGAAGCCACCAGGAACACGUUGACCAAAUGUUGAAAAAAGCUGAGGAGGAGAAAAAGAAUUUCAUUGCAGAGAAGGAGAAGAUCAUUGCACACCACCAGAAGGAACGUGAACGACUCCUGAAAGAAAAGAAUGACGAGAUGGCAAGAAAGCUGGAGGAGCAAAAUAAAAAAGUAAAGCAGCAGAAACAGGAAUUUCCACUGGCUUGUGCCAUUAUGAAAAUGGUUGGUGACAUAGUUUCAGCAGGAUUAAACACACGCCGGUAUUAAGGGUUUGUGUUUCCUUCAACAUUGUACACCAGAUAAGUUUCUCUAUCUGAAGUUAACAUAUUAAAUUAGCGAACCAAAUUUAUUUUACAAGCAUGUGCAUUUGGUAUUGUGCACACCAAGUUCAUAAUUGAGAGUGUUCCCUUGAUUGUGAAGUCAAAAUAACAGCAGCCAGUGAUAUACUAACAUUUAUGGGUGGUAACUGGUAAAACAGAAACUGUAGAAAGUAAUUUGACUCUGUUUACCAAUAUCAAACUGGACUGGCAUCUUGACAGAGCCAGUUAGAAUUGCAAACUGGCAGAAAUUGGUUGAUAUCUAAAUUUCUCACAUAUGCCUUGAUUCUAUCUGUUACUGGGGCCCUUGAGUUUCCACAGACAACAACUAGGGCUGUAAUGAUUGGUACAUUUUGACCUUUGAAGGUUCUGAACACAUUACCGAAACUUUUCUUUAAUAGGCAUUAUACAAAUCAAAAGGUUAAACUCUGUAUGUGAGUAACAUUUAAUGUGAUUUAUAGUAUUCACACAUUGUCAAAUGGUUUCUCUAAACAGAGAAAAAAAGAAAAAAAACAUGUGAAUGCCACCAGACGAACAUUCAAAGGUUUAGAACUACCUUUGAAUUCCUGGCUAGCAAACGAACCUCAGGACUUUGAACACAGCCCUAACAACAACCACAAAAUCCAAUUUGAUAUUAAAACAAGGUUGAGAUUUACAUGCUGUCAUGGUGCAAAUGGAAACAUGGCAUCUAACAACUCUGUGCAAGAAUAGGUUCUAAUCGUAGCAGCACAAAGGGAAUAUGUAUGUUCUAGCAAUUUACCAUUUGAUUUAAAUCCAAAAGAAAUGAUUCAUGUUAACGAACGUUGAUUUUCUUUAUCCCCAUUAGAAAUACUAAAAGAAACUUUAUUUUAAUGACAGACGUUUUGGCUACUGAAGAAAACCUCUAGUCCAAACGUUUGUCAUUGGAAGUUUCUUUUAGUACUGAAGUUCUUAAUCCCUGCAUUGGAAAUGUAGAAACUGGCAUUAAUGUGAAUCAGGACUGGAACUAUUUGUCGUUUGCUGGUGUUACCAAAAAAUAAAAUCUCUUUUUCUUCAA